AUGACUGCCAGUGCCCCAUCCCAAGCCCCGACGCGUCCCCACGACGAGCAGCAGUACCUCGACCUCAUCCGAACCGUUCUUGACACCGGUGCGCCUCGCCCAGACCGUACCGGCACCGGGACGCUCUCCCUCUUCGCGCCCCCCAACCUGCGCUUCACCCUCGCCGACGACACCCUCCCACUACUCACCACAAAACGCACCUUCCUACGCGGCAUCGUCGAGGAGUUGCUCUGGUUUGUUCAGGGCUGCACCGACUCCACUAAGCUCUCCGCCAAGGGCAUCAAGAUCUGGGACGGCAAUGGCUCCAAGGAGUUCCUCGAGAAGCGCGGCCUAGGUCACCGGCGUGCAGGCGACCUCGGGCCUGUCUAUGGCUUUCAGUGGCGGCACUUUGGCGCGCCGUAUGAGGACUGCGACGCGGACUACGCGGGCAAGGGCGUCGACCAGCUCCAGCAGUGCAUCCGAAAGAUAAAACACGACCCCACCGACCGCCGCAUCAUCCUCUCCGCAUGGAAUCCCGCAGACAUACCACAAAUGGCACUUCCGCCCUGCCACAUGAUGUGCCAAUUCUACGUCCACCUCCCGCCCGCCGGCGACCCCACCGCGAAGCCGAAGCUCUCCUGCUUGAUGUACCAGCGAUCCGCUGACCUCGGGCUCGGGAUCCCCUUCAACAUCGCGUCCUACGCCCUCCUCACGCACAUGGUCGCGCAUGUCACCGACACGGUCCCGCACGAGCUGAUCAUCCAGCUCGGGGAUGCGCACGUAUACCGCGACCACAUCGACGCGCUCAAGACGCAGCUCGAGCGCGAGCCAAGGCCGUUCCCCAAGCUGCGAUGGGCGCGCAAGGUCGAAGGCAUCGAUGACUUCCGGAGCGAGGACUUCGUCGUGGAGGGCUACGAUCCUCACCCAAGCAUUGCCAUGAAGAUGAGUGUGUAGUAUGCGUCCGGCGACGGAGGAUAUGUUGGCUGU